GAGACUUGUAGACCGCAUAAUAAGAUCCCUGGGAAAGGACCAAUCACCAUUUAACACAGCAUAAACAUUAACUGUUAUAACAUCCAAUCAUUUAUCGUUCAUCAAAAUUUUUCCACUUGUUUUCGGAAUUCAGAGCUUCCGGGUUCCUCCAGGUUGAGGGUUGUUUAUAAUGUAGAUAAACUCAAUUUGUUGCAGGUUCUACUCAUCUUAAACUGUAAAAGAAAAUAGGAGUCAAAGAUUUCUUCUUUUCUUACUGGUAAUGGAUCAGAAUGAUGAUCCCUUUCGUAACCAAAUAGCAAAGCUCUUGCGAGUUUUGAGUUUGACAACAUGCUUGAGAGACGACAAGAUUCCUUGUGAAAUUGAACCGGGUCUCUUCUUGGGUUCCAUUGGAGCAGCUAGUAACAAAGAUGCACUGAAAGGCAGGAAUAUCACACACAUCUUAACUGUAGCUAAUUCAUUGUCUCCUGCACAUCCACAUGAUUUUGUGUAUAAAAUUGUUGGAGUUAGUGACAAAGAAGAUACAAAUUUAUCCCAGUACUUUGAUGAGUGUAUCGAUUUUGUUGACGAAGCUAAAAGGGGAGGUGGCGGUGUGUUGGUUCAUUGCUUUGUGGGAAAAUCCAGAAGUGUAACUAUAGUUGUUGCUUAUUUGAUGAAAAAGCAUGGCAUGAGUCUAUCCGAAGCUUUGAAACAUGUUAAAAGCAAGCGACAUCAGGCCUCUCCAAACCCUGGUUUUAUUUCGCAACUGCAGGAGUUUGAGAAAUGUCUUCAAGGAAAAGUCAACUUGAAUUAAUACUACAUGAAGCAUCUGAGAGGCCAACUUUAUCGAUGUUUUAUGGUCCUGAAAUCUCCAACUCCAAAAAAAUAAAGUAGUUGGUAUAAAUAAUUUAGAAUAGAAAACUUCCAUUAUAAAACUUCAGCAGUCAUUGUAGAAUGUACUUGUAUGAUUGCAUAGGACUAGGGAGUGUCAAAUGGUGCUUCUAUGAUAUCACCAAAAAUUUAUAUUUGUGAAAUAUUUCUACUUCCAAAGAAAAUUGAUACAUUUGUACUAAUGAAGAAAAGAUUCAUAUUCUCAAACUUCUGAAGCAAAUACCAGAAGGUGGAGAUGGCAACUGUCUUAGUCUGAAAUCUUCUCAAGUUGUACAUAUGUUUAUCUGUGAGUUUUUAGUAAUGAACAUAUCUGUCUUCUGUGAAUCUGUAUCUAUCUCUUGACAUUUUUUUUCAAAUGAAGUGAAUUCUUUUCCAAUUGUCAAA